AAGAAGAAGACUACUCUACCUGCCCUUCGCUACCAUAGCGACGUGACUCAGGUGUCAAUCCACUGUGCGAUUGUGAGGACGUUCGUGUAAGUUUCACUUCAGUUCAGCGGCGGCGGCAAAUUCAUCAACAGUGUCUUCGAUGCCACAUACAAAAGAACUCACAGCCAAAAGCCAUCAAUCUCUGAACAACACUGCCAUCCCAGAUAAACUGCUGGCCAGUCUUUCCUCUGCUGCCUCGAAGAAUGCAAUGGGUCAAUCUGGGCAUCUGUGGCACUGCAAGGCAUCCGUGGUCAGACGGUCAGAUGCAUUCUGGCAUCAUCCCAGUGGACGUGAGAAAUACAAGCACUUUCUAGAGCAGCCAACGUCUCUGACUGGAGCUGGAAGAGAUGUUUCAUUCCUUUGUGAUUCUGUAACCCACAAAAACACAUCGUUACCACCUUUGAGUGAAAGAUGUGGUGCCAGUACCGUACAGAACUUAAAUGGUUUAGAGAGUCUUGUACCAGAAGAGUAUCACAUACUGCAAAACAAAGGGAUUGGCACCCUGAAGCUUUAUGAAGAUGCAUUUACAGUGCAGUUGCAGGAGGAUGACCAGAAGCUGAGAGUGUUUCCGUCAUUGCAACCCAGUGGAAGACUGGAAGCAAUCCACCUGAUGAGGAUUAUGGAUGACAUGCUUGAGAAAGCUGGAGUGGGUGAUCAGACUGAGGAGCUGACUGACUUCUCCCAGAUGGAGAGUUUGUUGAAGAUGGUGCACAGUGAGCAGAAAAUUUAUAACAUUGUCUUUCACGAAGUAAUCAGGCAGGUCAGUGUGGAGUGUGUCGAGAGAGGAAGGCUUCUUGCUAAACUCAGACAGCGAUACCAAUCGUUGCUUCAGCGUAUCCCACAACGUCUCAAGGCUCUUCAUACCCAAGCUGUGGCACAGCAGGUAUUUGGUCGCCGGCUCGCUGAGGAAAUGUGCCGCAUCCAGUCAAACAUCCAGCACCUUAGCAGGGAACUGUCCAGGGUCAGAGAACAUGAUGCCGUCGUGUCCCAGCAGGCCGAAGUCACACGACAGCAGCUCACUGAAGCGCGUGCUCACACCAACAUCAACUCAAUUGUGGCUCAAGGUUGCCAUGAGAUCUACGAGUUGCAGAGAAGUCGUCUUCAGGCUGCCCUGCUUAAAAUGACAAAGGAAAGAGACUGCUGGAGCCGGACCGCAUUCUGUCUUGCUCUUAAGGUUAUCAGUGCAAAGAAGCUGCAGCAGGUCAGUGAACUCCAUCUCAGCGAGCGGUGCUGGUUUAAAACUGCUGAGCAUUGCGGAUUGUACAUAACAACUAAGGAUGCUGACACCCUCGAUGUGAUCAUGGCGCUAACAGAUCAAUGGGAAGAAAAAUUCACAGCUUUCAUCGCUCAUCUGAAAAACAUAGAUAAAGAAGCACAUGAAAAGAUGGCCGCUAUACAGAAAGGCAUUGCUAAGUGGAUCACAUUCUGUUGCACAACCGAGCGGUGCGUCAUCUCAAAAUGUGAGAAGAGUGCAGUAGCUGACAUUCUUGUUGAUCUGAAGCAGUGGAUCAAGAUGUUGACUGUACAAAGUGAGCACUACCAGGGCGAGCAGCUGCUGUUUUGUCAGCAGACUGUCAUUCAGCUUGUUGAGCAACGAGAACAAUGGCUGGAACGAAGUCUGCUACUUUACAGAACACACAUGCACCCAGAUGAUGAGCUUCCUACUGUCCAGUCUGAACUCAGAGAUCUGGACAGUUUUAUUUCUGAGCACCAGAAACAUCUGGACCUACAUUUUACUGGAGAGAGUGGUAUCUACCUGAACAUCUUGUCAUUGAUUGGGCUGCUGAAGCCAAUGCAAACCAUGCUUGAUGCACCAAGUGAACCCUUAAAAAUCAUGUCUGAGGCAAACUUGUUGAAGUUGGAGCUAGACCUGCGGAGCUGUCAGACUUUAGCUGAGGAACUCCUGCAGGAGUUUUCUGAUGUGCAGGCAGGAUAUCAACUGGACCAAGACAUGAUAAAAAUAUAUACCGAAUCAGAGCAUGUUUUGCAGAGGCUGCAAAAGUUCAAAACCAAUCUAACACGCUUUACUCAGUGUGAGAGCCACAAACUAAUGGCCCAGAUCAGUUCCAUAAAUAAGGCACAGAUCCAGUGGAUGUUGGGCUUAUUGCUGCUCAUGGUGCCAGAUCACACUGGGAGUCAUAUCGAAGAACAGGAGCAUGAAUAUGACCCACAUGUUUCUACGCAGACACUGGAAGAUGAUAGCAAGAUUUUGAUUGAGACACUGACCGGCAUUUCAAAAAGCAUUACCAGGUGCUGCAAGAUCAUUUUGGAGGAAAGCCUGCAUUACAGUCUACAUCAUGAUGAUGAAGGCAACAUCAUGGAUGGGUGUAAAAAUCUAGAGAAUGAGGGUGGACACUGGGUGGACACCUCAAAGAGGUUGCUCUCUGAGCUUGGGAAUAUGUCAGCCAUCAGCUGUGAGAAGCCUGCAGGUGGCACAGAACCUCCGGUGAAGACAGUCCCCCACACCGCAGAUCCUGUGGUCAAACCUGACCAAACAGCUCAAGAAACUGGGGAGCUGAUGAUGGACCCUGUGACCGAAGAAUCUCAUAAAGCAUUUAGUGACCUGACCACUGUGGACUUUUUGCAGCAGGAAUUGCUUAUGUCAGAGCAGCAGCUACAGAUUGCGGAGCAGCGAGCACUGAAGGCCGAAGAGUCUCUUCAAGCAGCGCUGGAGAAGAUUCAACAAUUGGAGAAUCAACUAGAAGACGUCGCUUAUGUGGGUCCUACAGGGAAUGAAGAAAAAAAGAUAACCCCAACACCGCCAUUGUCUCCUUCAACACCGCCAGCAUUGUGUCCUCCAUCUUCAGUGAAAGCAGCCACUCCAAAAAAACCCGCAACUGAAUCAAAGCCAGCAAGCAACAUGAAGAAGUCAAUGAGACGAUGAUAUGUAUGGGGCAGAAGGCUUUGUGAGAAUGAAACAAUGAAGAUAAGUCAACUACACAUUAUACAUGCAACAGCUACUACUACUACUGCAUCCAUUUACUUCUUUAAUGUGAAAGCUUGCUGUGAAACACAAUUGCGUGUGCAUUGUGGUGUACUAAUACAAACAUUAAGUUCAUAGUGAUUGAAAGGGUGAAAAUAAAUAGUUACUUGAGCACCAACAUUUUUAUAUUUCAUUGGCAAUUUCAUGCUUUCUAUUUAAGUAAAUCUAAUAAAUGAUCACAUCAUGGAUGAAUCAGUUUCCAGCUCCUUCACUGGCCUUUCUUCUUGCUCCACGAAGGAGGGUGGCGGUGGAGGUGGAGGAAGGCAUGAGUCGUCGUGAGUUGCCCCAAAGACAUCUGAAGGGAAUGGGAACACUAGAGCAGGGUGGAGGUGACGAAAGGAAGAUCGGAACAUCUCGCACACCACUCUGUCUCUGUCUGUCAUCUUGACCUAGGAAGAGUUAGUUUAAAGCGUAGAAACGAAUGAUUUGAGAGGACCCAUCUGCAGCACACAGUUUUUAAAAUGCCUCCUUCUUAUAUUGAUGUCUAAUUCAAGAAUCAAUAAUUAGCUGUACUCAUUGUAACCCUACAGAAAUCAUUUCCAGGUUGCUUGUUUUGCUUACUUACGCUGUCCUGCUGAUGUCUCUUCAGCUCAGCCUCGGCCGUCAGAAUCUGCUGUAACUCUGGAGGAAAAGUGAGCUCCUCUCUGACAGGAAAUCAAACACAGGCACAACCAGGGCUGGUCAGCAGAAUCACCAGCAUGCUCUACAAAUCUCCACUGUGACUGCUGAAAGAUCAGCUGGGAGAAUGCUCAGUUCAUGGCCAUCUAGAAUGCUUUCUUUGAUUUACGUUUUCUCAGCUAAAAUAUUGUAAAAUCUUAAAUGUACAAUGGCCUCUUCAUAAAAAAAUGCAAUCUUCCCUUAAAAUGAAUAAAUAAUUUCAAAGUACUAAGCAAGCUAAUUUAUUUUCAUGUCAAUGUUGGGUGCAUUAGAAACAUCUAAUUUACAUUUACAGUACAUUUACUCUUAGGAUUGUUUGAUUGUGGUGCUUCUCACUACUAAACAAGAAGGAAAUUUCAACUUACAUGUCUGCUCUGUCAACCCUAAUGCCCCAUCGACAGGCGACAGAGUCCACAGCCGCUUGCAUUUGUUGA